GCUGAGGAUCAUGUGUAGUCCACGCGCCGAAACUAGGUUAGAGCGAGCCACGGAGCAGAGCGCAGCAAAGAGCCGAGGAACCGCAGCUUUCUGACUUCUCCCACUUGUCUCUACAGCGUGUAUUUGGACUGCACCAGCACAGCGAUCACACCUAACUACACUUUAGUAACAUUUAGCUGCGUUUUCACCUCCGACGGACUGCUCCAGAGCCAUAUGAGGAUUAGCUGUUGUGACAGUUCUCAGCUGCUCCCGAGUGGAGCAAGUUUGCGUUGCUUUCAGUGUUUUUUGGCUCAAUUUCCACUUGGACUUUUAUGACUUGAAGACUUGUCAGACUUUAGCGCCAACAUGAGAGCUCAAAUAGAAGUAAUCCCCUGCAAGAUUUGUGGGGAUAAAUCAUCAGGGAUCCAUUAUGGCGUCAUCACCUGUGAAGGCUGCAAAGGUUUCUUUCGCCGCAGUCAGCAGAACAAUGCUAUGUACUCCUGCUCUCGACAGAGGAACUGUCUCAUUGAUCGGACCAACCGCAACCGCUGUCAGCACUGCAGGCUGCAGAAGUGCCUGGCCCUGGGCAUGAGCCGUGAUGCUGUCAAAUUUGGCCGUAUGUCUAAGAAGCAGCGGGACAGCCUGUAUGAGGAGGUCCAGAGGCACCAGCAGUCUCAGGAGUGUGCGGGGAUGGGUGCUCGUGAGGAAGGCAGGGACCUGCCAGUGCACGGGCGCACCUACAGCCGGGGCUCCAGUGCAGCCCUGAGUGACCUGGAUGACAUCAGUGCUCUGCCUGAGGGGCUGCUGUUCGACCUGCCGCUUACACCAGAAGACGGCGGGGGCGACUACUGUAACCUGGACAUGCUGGGGGGCAGCGGGGGCAGCAGCUCCUCCUCCCAGAGCUCUCCAGAGCAGACCAACCUGGACUUCAAUGAGGCCAACCACAACAUCAAGCAUGAAUACCAACUGCUCCACAACUCUGGGUUAUUCUCACAUGCCAUUCUCAACCCACUGCCUGAAGGCUGCCCUCUCAUUGAAAUAGAGCGCAUAACUCAGAAUGUGGUGAAGUCACACAUUGAGACGCGACAGUACAGCACAGAGGAGCUCAAACGCAUGGCCUGGACCCUGUACAGUCCAGAAGAGACACGGUCCAUUCAAAGCAAGUCAGCUGAGGCGAUGUGGCAACAAUGUGCUAUUCACAUUACCAAUGCAGUCCAGUAUGUGGUGGAGUUUGCAAAGCGCAUCUCUGGCUUCAUGGACCUCUGUCAAAAUGAUCAGAUUAUCCUUUUAAAAGCAGGCUGCAUGGAUGUACUUUUGAUCCGUAUGUGCCGGGCUUAUAACCCUAUCAAUAAUACAAUGCUUUUUGAUGGGAAGUUUGCCACAGCUCAUCUUUUUAAAGCUCUUGGCUGUGAUGAUCUGGUCACCUCAGUGUUUGACUUGGCCAGGAGCCUGAGUCGCUUACAAAUGUCAGAGGAGGAGAUGGCUCUGUUCAGUGCUGCUGUGCUGCUUUCUCCAGAUCGGCUGUGGCUCACAGAUGUACACAAGAUACAGAAGAUGCAGGAGAAGGUGUACCUGGCUCUGCAGCGCUGUCUACAGGAAGAGGGCUCAUCAGAAGGCAAACUUGCUAAGAUGGUUUCUAAACUCCCUAUAAUGAAGUCCAUUUGUAACCUCCACAUCGACAAAUUGGAGUUUUUCCGUCUGGUCCACCCUGAGACUGCCUACACAUUUCCUCCUUUGUACAGAGAGGUCUUUGGCAGUGAAAUCCCUUUCCCAGACUCCACAGAGGGUUAGCACCAGGCCUAGUUAGCCAUGGUUGAUAUGAACUGACUCACUGACGUGAAGGAGGUGAUACUGAGUGAACAUGGCAACCAGCUGAGGCAAACAUCAACCAGCAGCUCAAUGACAAUCGUGCAUGCUACACUUUAGACACACUCCUCCUCUCACCCGUGAACUCUGCCUGGAGUCCGCACCACUGCCCUGCAGCUGGCCCACGUCACACAACACUACAGCAACUGCAGCCGUGGCUCCAUGAGCUAAGUCAUGUGUAGCACACAUUAUUUGUAACUGGCAAAACUAUUUUUCUAUGAGAAGAAUUUGAACUUCUAAUUAGUUUAAUUCCUUUUAUAGAAAGUGUAACCUGUAUUACUCAAAGUUCCUGUAAGCUAUUGUUGAAUGUACCCCCUUUCCCUUUGCCGUUCCUAAGCUUGAAGUAGAAUGUACAUCCUUAGAAACCUCACCUUCUUUUUCUUAGAUGUGCUGCUACGCUGCUAGUCUCAGUGGAGUAAACCAGAUCAUUAGAGAUCUGUAAUACAGAGUAGCCCAGAUGUUGCAGUUUUAUGAACAAACUGUUGAAAGGGACCAUGAUCAAACUCAUCAGCAGAAAUAGUUUUUAAAACUGUGAUGGGCAGUGUCCUCGGCCCUGUUGACAAGCUCUUGCACACACAGCACAAACCUAGCACUUAUGCUGAUAUUUGUAGAUAUUUUUGCUAGCACAUCCUCAGAUACUAAUUUACUGAAAGUUAGCUCUUAAUUCUUUUAUGCAAUCAAUGACCUCAGUCCAAAUGACCUUAACCCUUUAAAAUGUCACCACAUAGAAUCGUAGAAUGAACCAUGCAUUUUAAACAUGGACAUAAAUAUUAGCUUUUUGUAAGGAAAAACUUGUUUCCAAAACCAAGAUAUUUAGUGAGUACGGAGAAAGUUCAAAAGUACAUAGUGCCUGUGCUGUCAGUCCAUUAUCUGGACUUCCAGGAACUGAUAUAAUUUGAAAGAGUUAAUUAGCACUUAAAAGUCCUUUAUCGAAUCCAAAACUGUCAACCCUCACAGAUGUACAGGUUUCUACUUAAAGUACCAUCUGUGAAAAGCUGGUGUCACUCAGGAGGUGGACAAUUUUGAACGAGAUGCUGGGAAGUGACCACUGUGGGGUGGAUGUGCUCUCAGGGAGAAACUGUAAAAACGUCAGCCCUGAGCCUGGAGCAGCACCUUCAAAGGACUGAACUGGGAGUUUGGUGCAAAAAUUAAAAGGACAUUUUACUGACAUGGAAGAGUAAGAUUGUACAUGUUCCGAGUGCUCUGUGACACAGUGAGAGGGUCAUCUGACCGACUGGAAGAUAGGAGCUCUUCUCCUUUUUCCCCACUCCCUUACUACCUCACCUUUUCAACACUACAUAGCUCAGCAAAGGGUUGACAGAGCCAACAGCUACCCCCCUGAGUUAGUAUAUCUGGUUCUUGAAAAAAAACAUUUAGUUGUCAGGUCAGUGACAGGUAAACUGAAAUGCAUUUAAGCGGUAUAUGUCUAAAUGACUCAAGACAUUUUUUUUAAAUGCUCUUGAUCCAAGGAUGACAUUUUGUCUGCUCAUCUGUCAUUUGAGAACAGUUGAUGCCUUUGGGUCCAGAAAGCCCUAUUUAGAUAUAGAUCUAUGUGAGGCACGGUCUCUGGGGCGACAGAGUGCACAUAGAAAUUGUGUUCUGAACAUGGGCAGUAAAACAGCAGCAUUUGUUUAAUGUAUACCUCUAAAUGCUGACAAUCGUGGUAGUGGGUAUCUACUUCGGUGUUUGUUUUUUUAGACAGGGUUGCUUUGCACUGCUGGGACAGUGCUGUUUGCCAUACGUUUUGGGUCUUUCCCAUUGUUUCAGUGUCACACAGUUAAAGUCAUACACUCCAGCAAAUACGCACAGUUCAACUCACAAAAGAGACAACUCUAUUUUUUGUACCAAAUAAACAGCUAACAUGUUGAUAAAUGCCCAUUUCAUUGUGGCACAGGAUUGUAAAAAUGUGCAAUAUAUGUGCAUUGGAUCCAAGAAUGUCAUUUUAAAACAGAAGUAGCCUAUAGUUGAAGCAGCCCCGGAGCAGUCAGGGAGCUGUUGCGCACACAGUUCGCGUCACUCAGGGAGAUAGCUGGGCUCUCGUCCUAGUGUCUGCUGUUACUAGACACCUUGCACCAACAUAGAAGACCUUAAACCUUGAUCACUGUGUACAGUAUGUUCUUGUGAAUGUUUAAUUACAGAAGUAUCAAAGAUUUUACCUUUGUCUAAUAUCUUUAUUGCAAAUGUCUUUCUCUUUUUUGAGUCAUAGAUGAAUUAGGCUACAAAUAAAUGUAACAAAAUAACUAUAAAGAUUAUAAUCUCUGAAUUUGUGUUGGCUUUGUUGUGAUCUUUUGCUUCUCAUUUUGUCCUUUUUAUGUACUAUCAUUUUCUCAUCGGUUUAGUGUCCUUUUUUGUCUUGGAGAGAUGUAAUUCUAUUUUUUUUAAAGAGUGUUUUUAAACAUGUAUCCUUUAAACUUUCUUUUUGUGAUGAUCCUUCUCUAUGAUAUGUUCAGUAUGUUCAGUAAGUUUAUUAAUAUUAUUGAAUCAAAAUAGAUUUUUAAUAAAAAAUAAUUUAUAUGUCAUGGAUAUAAAGCCUGAGAAGGUCUUUACACAGUCAAGUGUUAUUGCACAAUGGUGUUAUAAUGUGGAUUGAAGAAUGUAAUAAUAAAGACCUUUUUACAAUAAAGCAAAAUACACAUUUA